AUGGAGCCCAACGCGCCGAAGCGGAGGGAGCCGCGAGGGGCCCUGCGCAUCAAAGUCAUCUCCAUGGGCAACGCCGAAGUGGGCAAGAGCUGCAUCAUAAAGCGGUACUGCGAGAAGAGGUUCGUCCCCAAAUACCUGGCCACCAUCGGGAUCGACUACGGCGUCACAAAGGUGCAAGUCCGAGACAGGGAGAUCAAAGUGAACAUCUUCGACAUGGCCGGCCACCCCUUCUUCUAUGAGGUCCGCAACGAGUUUUACAAGGACACGCAGGGGGCCGUGCUGGUCUACGACGUGGGGCAGAAGGAGUCCUUUGAUGCCCUGGAGUCGUGGCUGACGGAGAUGAGGCAAGAACUAGGGCCCCACGGAAACAUGGACAAUGUCAUCUUCACAGUCUGCGCCAACAAGAUCGAUGUCUCCAAGCACCGCUGCGUGGAUGAGAACGAGGGCCGACUCUGGGCUGAGAGCCGGGGCUUCCUGUAUUUCGAAACGUCUGCCCAGACCGGGGAGGGGAUCGGUGAUAUGUUCCAGACAUUUUUCAGCGCCAUCGUAGACCUGUGUGACCACGGCGGGAAGCGGCCGCCAGCGAGCCUCAGCGUGGGCUUUAGCAAGGAGCAGGCGGACACCAUCCGCAGGAUCCGCGGCAGCAAGGACAGCUGGGACAUGCUCGGGGUCAAGCCCGGGUCCAGCAGACCUGAUGUGGAAGAGUGGGCUGAGUGCUUGUGGAAUCAUGUGCCCGCGAGCCUGGGCACCACCAAGCUGUCUGAUGACAAGGAGUUAAGCCGCCUGCGCUGAGCUGGGUGAGGUGGAUUCAAGCCACAAGAGCCAGAUCGGGCAGACGGUCACAUCGGAUAGCCUCAGCACCCUGAUCCAGCCGAGUCCGCGUGGAGUUUCCUGAGGAUGGCCGGCACCUCUGCCCCUGGCUGAGAGGUCUGUGUGGUGUUAUACAUGGCCCUCCUUCCCUCCUGCCUUGCUGUGUACAUGUCUUUCAUUGAAAUGAAAACGUUUAAACCA